CGGCACCUACCCAUGCCUAGGUGAGUUCGCGUGAGCCGCCGCCGCCGCCGUCCCGUCCCCGCCGCCGCCCCGCGCGGCCCCGCCGCAGGCCAGGAUGCUGGAGGAAGCAGGAGAGGUGCUGGAGAACAUGCUGAAGGCGUCGUGCCUGCCGCUCGGCUUCAUCGUCUUCCUGCCCGCCGUGCUGCUGCUCGUGGCGCCGCCGCUGCCCGCCGCCGACGCGGCUCACGAGUUCACCGUGUAUCGCAUGCAGCAGUACGACCUGCAGGGACAGCCCUACGGCACGCGGAACGCGGUGCUGAACACGGAGGCGCGCACCAUUGACGCGGACGUGCUGAGCCGGCGCUGCGUGCUCAUGCGGCUGCUGGACUUCUCGUACGAGCGCUACCAGCGCGCCCUACGCCAGUCGGCCGGUGCCGUGGUCAUCAUCCUGCCGCGGGCCAUGGCCGCGGUGCCGCAGGACGUCAUCCGGCAAUUCAUGGAGAUCGAGCCCGAGAUGCUGGCCAUGGAGACCAUCGUGCCUGUGUACUUCGCCGUGGAGGACGACGCCCUGCUGUCCAUCUACGAGCAGACGCAGGCUGCGUCCGCCUCCCAGGGCUCCGCCUCUGCCGCCGAAGUGCUGCUCCACACCGCCACUGCCAACGGCUUCCAGAUGGUCACCAGCGGGGUCCAGAGCAAGGCCGUGAGCGACUGGCUCAUCACCAGCGUGGAGGGGCGGCUGACCGGGCUGGGCGGAGAGGACCUGCCCACCAUCGUCAUCGUGGCCCACUACGACGCCUUCGGGGUGGCCCCGUGGCUGUCGCACGGCGCGGACUCCAAUGGGAGUGGCAUCUCCGUGCUGCUGGAGCUCACCCGUCUCUUCUCCAGGCUCUAUACCUACAAGCGCACCCACGCCGCGUACAACCUCCUGUUCUUUGCUUCUGGAGGAGGAAAGUUCAACUACCAGGGCACUAAGCGCUGGUUAGAAGACAAUCUGGACCACACAGAUUCCAGCCUGCUCCAGGACAACGUGGCCUUCGUCCUCUGCCUGGACACCCUGGGCCGGGGGGACAGCCUGCACCUGCACGUGUCCAAGCCGCCCAGGGAGGGGACGCUACAGCACUCCUUCCUGCGGGAGCUCGAGACGGUGGCCGCCCACCAGUUCCCCGAGGUGCGGUUCUCCAUGGUGCACAAGAAGAUCAACCUGGCGGAGGACAUCCUGGCCUGGGAGCAUGAGCGCUUCGCCAUCCGCCGGCUGCCUGCCUUCACCCUGUCGCAUCUGGAGAGCCACCGCGAUGGCCAGCGCAGCAGCAUCAUGGACGUGCGGUCCCGGGUUGACUCUAAAACCCUGACCCGAAACACGAGGCUCAUCGCCGAGGCCCUGACCCGUGUCAUCUACAACCUGACGGAGAAGGGGACGCCCCCGGACAUGCCAGUCUUCACGGAGCAGAUGCAGAUCCAACAGGAGCAGCUGGACUCGGUGAUGGACUGGCUGACCACCCAGCCGCGGGCCGCGCAGCUGGUGGGCAAGGACGGCCCGCUCCUCAGCACGCUGGAGCACUACCUCAGCCACUACCUGAAGGAGGUCAGGCCGCACCACGUCAAGGCCGACAAGCGGGACCCUGAGUUUGUCUUCUACGACCAGCUGAAGCAGGUGAUGAACGCCUACAGGGUCAAGCCGGCCAUCUUCGACCUGCUUCUGGCCGUCUGCAUCGGCGCCUACCUGGGGAUGGCCUACACGGCGGUCCAGCUCCCUCGGAGGAGCGCUGGUCUGGGGCCUGGCCGCGGACUCGGGAACAGAAGUGUGGAUGAGCCCCCGCCCUGGAGUCGGCCCCGUGGCCCUCGGGGCGCGUAAGCCACGCCAGGAAAGAGGAACUGCGCCCAGCUCAGCCUCGCCCUCACCCCCGCCCGUGAUGCUGACCGUGGACCUGGCGGUCGCGCGGUCGCAGGCCAACAGGGUCAGGGCCAGGCCACCCCCGUGCUGGCUCUGCGUCUGACCUCGAGGCUAUCCCCACCCCCUCCGUCGACCCGGGUACUCCCUUCCCUCCCGUCUGGAGAGGGUGGCACCGCCUCUGGGUCUCCGGGUUCUGGCCGCCCCCUCGCAGCCUUGUGCCCUCACCCAGCCGGCCCUGGGACGCGACUCCCCUGAGCCCCCUUGGGCGGCUGGCGCCUUGAACACCUGGCAGCCUCGCCAGGGGCCCUUGUGCUGCUCACCCUGCUUCGCACUGCCUCUGCCCCUCCUGUCCCCGCCCCAGACUCUCGGGGCUCUGCGCUCAGCCUGUCCCCCUGCGGAGCCCCCAGGGCGGGGGGCGGCCCCUUUGCUCAUUUCCCUGGGCCUUGGUUUCCUCAUAUGCAAGGAGGAGGAUGCUUUCGGGGGGAGUGGGCACCCCCCCACCCCAGGAGGAGACAUGACCAUGGGAGCAGCUCUUCCUGGGACCCUGAGGGGGCGGGUCCAGGCCUGAGCCCCGCAAACCAGGUUCCUGGUGGGGCCUGAGCCGCUCAGAAGGGGUGGAGGGGGCAGGGCUGGGACUGACCUCAGGGAGACCCAGGUGUUCAGAUUCAUUAGCAAUACAGUCAGUGAAGUGUUGAGUGCUGGGGCGUCAGGGUCCAGGAGAGGGGACUCCAGGGGCCUCCUGGCCACCAGGGAGGACUCGCCUGCCUUCCGGUUCUGAGGGGCCUGGAGGGGCUGGGGACUGGCUCGCUCCCAAAGCUGCCCGAUGCUCACUGGAGGGAACGGGCUCCUGGGGGCUCCUGGCUCGGCUGUCCGUCCCGUCAGGCCUGGGAGGGGCAGGCGUGGAGGCUGCAGGUCCUCUCUCUCGUCCCUCCCUCUUCCUGCCCGGUGGCCCGUCUCCCCCAAAGACUGUUUACCGAGUGCCCGGCCACCUCUGGGGCGGGUAUGGGCCCGGCCCCGCCCGGCCCAUCCUAUCCUUCCCCACGUGUGAGUGUGUGAGCCGUGGAUGAACUGUGGUUGCCGCGUGAGCGUCCUUCCUCCCCAGGGCACAUGGUCAUGAUCGCUGACCAGUUGGAGCUCAGGAUGCUUGUGGGACGCGGCCGGACGAUCAGAAAUAAAGCCAUAAUGAAUGAUA